AUGACUCCAAACACCGCUCAGAGCACUCCCGGUAGCUCACAGAACACAAAUCAACUUCCCAAUAAGAAGCGCUUGCGUGACAUAGACCAAGACGAUAACGAAAAGACCCACCGAAAAACCAAGAAACACAAAUCGUCCCGAGAACAUAAGAAACACCGAACUUCCUCAGGUCGCAAAUCGUCCCGCAAAACUGUCAAGCUUAGCCCGGAGGAGAUACCAGAAACACCCCCUAAGCAGUCGCCAGUGCUUUCCGGGUUCACCCCGAUCAACAAGAGCCGAAAACAAAACCCUGUACCUCUACCAAUCCGGACUGAAACCCGGACUCCGCCAAAUACUAACCUAGCUCCAUCGGACACUGAAGGGAUCUUCCCGAGUAACUGGGGAGCAACCCUAACUGAUUCCGACUCCUUUCCCGACUUUAGUUCCGAACCCUCUGAACCAUACAUAAGUGACGAUCAAGACCCAGCAACAGGUCCAGCAACAGGCCCACUAGCAGCAGUCUCCACUGCUUCCUCAGCAUGCAGCAGUGCUUCACCAGAGGCCCUUGUACGGACGACCGUACUUAGGGUUAGUGCUACCCCACCAGCACCCGCUAGUGCUCCACAAAAGAAUGUUGCCCGGAAGACCAUAGUCCCAAGUCAAGUUCUCACUCGGUCCAAGUCUAGUGCAGUCCGCUCAACAGGCCCAGCAACAGGCCGCUCAACAGGCCGCUCAACAGGCCCAGCAGCAACAGGCCCAGCAACAGGCCGCUCAACAGGCCCAGCAGGCUCUACUACUCCCUCACCAGCACCCGUCAGUGCUCCACCGAAGGUUCUUGCACCGGAGACUCCUACAUUCAAGCCCCGACGCCACUCUCGGUUAUUUUCUAGUGCAAGCCCAUCCGAACUAAUAGACCACCCCUCACCAGUACGACAGAGACGAAUUAGACCCGAGCCAUCGCCGAUUGUCCAAGAGACAUCCCCGAGUGUUCAAGAGACAUCCCCGAGUAUUCAAGAGACAUCCCCGAGCUCGACCGCAUUCAAGAUAACUCAAGCAAGCAAAGCGAAGAUGACUUUAGGUCUACUCAACCUACCUAAAGUGUACACCAGCAUCCGCAACAGCCUAAAGGCGGAAAUGCAAAAUGUGGGUUGGGUCAAUAAAAGCACGUCCGGUAUGGCUGCGUUCAAUGCCCUAUGCCCUUACUUGAUGAACUUGCCCUCCCUCAACGGUUUUCUGCCAAUUUGGACUGGGGGUGAUUCCGAUGUCCGUAGAGCACUGGCGAGUGCUCUACAGUGGCUCAUCGCAGAUGUUGGUAUGAAGGAUAGGUUAUCAACGGGACAGGGAGACCGUCAGUUCAAAGAGGCUGCCGGUGAUAGUGAUGAUGAUGAUGACGGCGGUGGUCAGGCAGCCAGAAGAUGCUCUCGCAAAGGGAAAGAGCGUGCAGUACCUCCGGAACUCGUGCGACCUUCCAUAAUGGUUACCGUGGUGGACCCCGAUGCUCUAGGGGCAUUCUUUAUGCUCGUCCCACCACCUACUUAUGACUGGAAUGAUCCCCUGAACGAACCUUCGUUCAUCGAAAUUUUGACCAAGAUAACUUUCCCCGAGCUAUGCAACUUGAUCCUGAAGCACACCGCACCCGGCAGAGCAGUCAGGUGUAACGGGGGCAGUCUGUCUAUGUAUCGCUAG